AUGGCAGGAACAAAUGGUAAAGUCGAUGUACCGAUCCUCAAGGAUCUCACAAUCGAUAACAUCACCGACAAUGUCCACUUGAUCAACUCGCAAAGCUCCGACGCGCGGCUUAAGUAUGUACUGGAAAGGCUUGUAUCGCACAUGCAUGACUUUGCGCGAGAGACGCGUCUCAGCACCACGGAAUGGAUGGCAGGUAUUGAGUUCUUGACGGCAGUUGGGAAGAAGUGCACAGAUGUGCGGCAGGAAUUCAUCCUCCUCUCCGACACCCUCGGCCUCUCCCUCCUCGUCGACUCAAUAGACCACCCCAAACCGCCGGCCUCCACCGAAGGUACCGUCCUUGGCCCCUACCACACGCACGACGCGCACGACCUAUCAACCGGUUCGUCCAUUUCCGCCGACCCGGGCGGCGAGCCGCUGCUGUGCCUCUGUACAGUGAAGUCUACGGACGGCAAACCCAUACAAGAUGUCAAAGUCGACAUCUGGGAAACGGACAGCAAAGGCUCGUAUGACGUGCAGUACGAGAGCUAUACCGGCGAGAAACCCGAUGGCAGGGGUAUCAUGAGGAGCGACAAGGAGGGUGCGUUUUGGUUCAAGGCGAUUGUGCCGGUGCCGUAUCGCAUUCCGAAUGAUGGGCCUGUGGGUGUUAUGCUGGAGAAGCUGGGGAGACAUCCUUGGAGGCCGAGUCAUAUGCAUUUCAUGUUUGAGAAGCAGGGGUUCGAUCAUUUGAUUACAGCAUUGUACCUCCGAGGCGACCCCUAUGAGACGUCCGACGCGGUGUUCGGUGUCAAGGAAUCGCUGAUCGUGGAUCUGGGCACCGUGAACGCAGAACAAGCGCAGAAGUACGAUGUCAAGGAGGGCUCCAAGCUGUUGACUUAUGAUUUUGUGCUUGUUACAGACGAAGAGACGAAAAAGCUACGGGAUGAGGAGGCUUUGAAAGCGAUGAAGAAGCUUGGCCGAGAGAACAUGAUGAUCAUCAAUGGCCAACUAGUGCCGGAUGUAGACUAA